AUGAAGCUGGCCAAGGAGGCGUGGCGCAAGGCAUCUAACUUAGCAGACCUGAUGGUUCAACUCACUCCUUCACUGGUCAAGAUGAUGACGAGGCGCACUUCACAUGUGCGUGGGGAACUCAAAACUAAAAUGUGGGCACUCACGGCAUCAUUCUUUGGCUUCCGCACAAGUCGAUCGACAGUGGCCAUUAAACAAAAUCGUGACCUGGCAGAAUCACUGAAGGAUGGAUCAUGCUUUGUUUUUAAGGACUGGGAGAUGAAAUGUGGCAUUUACAAAACGGAAUUGAUACAGUCAGCAGUGAAUGACAUGUGGUUUAUGAACCGCAGUGACAAGGGUGUUAUUCACGGUAAAUAUUUUGAGCCUUUACCAGUUGAAAUUAUUGCGCUUAUACUCAUGGCUGUGAGUGUGUUCAAACAAUUCAGUAUUGAUGUCGCAACUGACUUGUGA